UUGUUUAUUGGUGACACCUUGGGAACAGCUGUCGGUUAGUGACCAUCUACAGCUACCUUUCUGGCUAACUCAACGUUAAUCAAAUUAUAUUACUGUUUUCCGCCGUUUUAUAUUUCACGGUUUGUUUGGAGGACCGUUGCCAUGGAGCCUGCCUGCCGUAAAGACAAGCCAAAGCUGAACUCUACCCCGACCAGAGGAGACAGAGCCAGGCAGAAGUCUGCACAGCAAGAGCACAAACAGCGACAGAGAGCAGAGAUUUAUGCCUUGAACAAGGUGAUGACGGAGUUGGAACAGCAGCAGUUUGAGGCCUUUUGUAAACAGAUGCAGUCACAGGGAGAAUGAUGAGACCUGCCUUUCUUUUCCAUCUGGACCAGGACCUGUCACCCUGCAAAAGCACCAUGUACGCACACUAUGACCUUCAUACAAUCAGACACUUAUACUUAAACGGACGUUCAAUAAGACAAUCGUUGCUCCUGAUGGUUUACAGUCUGACCCUAACCCUGAACUCUUGAGUUGAAUAAUCCUGACAUGAAACACUGAAGAUGAAAAGUAUUGUUUGAGAUUUAAAAAGUGUAUAGAUCAAAGACAUAAAGGCAUGAUUGUAAGAUCACAAUCUGAUCCAGUAGUAAUGUGUUUGAGGAUUUGCACAUAAAAAAGGUGUCGAGUUAAAUACAGAUUAUUUUAAAUUGGAGAAAUGGAUUUGGAUCUUGGCUCAUCAGCCUUCAGUAACUUUGUUUCAGCUCAUAAAAGUGGUUACUUCAGAUAGUCCUGAGUAACAGUAAACCUUGAUACACACUUUGAUAUAAAUAAAACGGCGUGUCUUUCUCUGUAAGAGGGAGGAGACGGAGAAAGUCGGGGUUCCUUAAAAGAAAACCUGCCAGCGAGCAGGUUAGGAUCACCACGGUAACAGACCUAGAGUUUUAGUCACCUCUAUCUCCAGGGUUUCACUAAUCCCAAUUUCUGAAACGGGGCCCGGAAUAUACCAGUGAGUAUUGUUAUAUGUUAUAACUGAAAGCAUUGCUGGUUAAAUGUGUCCAAACAGGAACAACUAGCAGAGUUGCAUAUUUUCUAGAGACACAUCAGGUCAAGGACAUUCCCUUUACUUAAUUUAUAUAAUGGUUUAACUCGGCUUGUAUGCCAUUUUUUUUUGGCUUCCAACUCCAAACAGCAGAACAAGAGGUUGUUUUAGGUUGUUGUCAUAAAUAUUGCUUAAUGUAGCUUUAAAGUACACAGUGCCCUUCAUAUGCCAGUAUUAAUAGUGCUAACUAUGAACAUUAUCUUGACAGUAAAAUAUUUAUACUGACAUAAGUUUGUCAUCCACUUGCACUUAAGUUAUACAAUUUUGAUUUAAUAAAAAUAAAAGUGAAUUUUUUU